AUGGAGAAAUUGAGUGAAAAUAGAAAUUUCGCAGAAUUUGAAAGGUCUCAUAAAAAGGCUUCAAACAAAAGGGAUGCAACCCAUGGUUGUAAAAAUAGCAACCAAAUUGUUACUCGUGAUUUCAGUUUCUUUGCACUUUGGAAUGCUAUGUAUGGAGGUGGGAGAAUUUGCCUUCUAGAGUUUGAUGUGUAUCCUAAAUCUAUUAAAACUAAGGUGAAGAUGAAAACAUUGGCGCAGAUGAGAAACGGUGUACUUAAGAAGCUUAAUAAGAAAAGAAAAUUAGAGUUUUCUUCUCUGGUAAUGAGCCCGGGAACGAGGCUAAUUAAGCAAAGAGAUCAGAAAAUAAAGGGUGAAUCCACCAGAGAAAAAUUGGUCCACAAAGAACAUCUGCAGAAAGGCCGUCUAAUUGAUUCUUCUAAGAAGCAAAAUCAUGAGGAGUUUCGAGGAGAAAGAUCUUCAUGCUCAAGCUCUACUGGUAAAAAGGACGGUGGGGUCUCACAAACUGUAAGUUUAAAGCGAAGGAGAAAUCAUAAGGAAAAGAAAGAUAAGGUGGUUCCAGAUAAAGCUGCUCAGUUGCAGAGGAGAGCAAGAUACCUUAUGGUUAAAAUGAAGCUAGAACAAAACCUCAUUGAUGCUUACUCAGGAGAAGGUUGGAAAGGUCAGAGUCGAGAAAAAAUUAAGCCUCAAAACGAGCUACAGAGAGCCAAGGAUCAGAUAGUGAAAUGUAAGCUUGGAAUUCGUGAUACAAUUCACCAGUUGGAUUUACUUGGCUCUGUUGGGAAAAUUGAUGACUCUUUGAUUGAACCAGAUGGCUCCAUUCAUCAUGAACAUAUCUUCUGCAAAAAGUGCAAGUCUCAGGAAGUUUCAGAGGAUAAUGAUAUAUUAUUAUGUGAUGGCUCCUGCUAUUGUGCUUUCCAUCAAAAAUGUAUUGAUCCCCCAUUGGCGACAAAAGAUAUUCCUCCUGAAGAUGAAGGUUGGCUAUGUAAAUAUUGUGAUUGCAAGAUGGAAAUUCUAGAAGCAAUGAAUGCACAUCUUGGAACACAGUUCUCUGCGGAUAGUCCCUGGCAGGAUAUAUUUAAAGAAGAAGUUCUUUCUAAUGUUGGGACCGGAGAUAUUAAUCCUGAAGAAGAGUGGCCGGGUGAUGAGUCCGAUGAUAAUGAUUAUGAUCCUGACAGGGAUCAAAAUGAUAGCAGUAACAGGUGUAACAUGGAAGACAGUGAUCCACUUGAGGAAACCAGCACUAGCAGCUCAUGUUGUUCAUUAGAAAGUGAAGUUCUCUCAGAAUCUGGAUUCUCUGGAGGAAGACAUGUAGUUUCCAGCAAUAUUGCUUCGUUGAUUCAAAACUGUGUCAUAGAAACUAAUGAUAAUGAAAUUAAUAGUGGUCCCAGACGACGAUGUGCUGUGGAUUACAUAAAGCUCUAUGAUGAAAUGUUUGGGAAAGAUACUAAUACAAGUGAUAUAUAUAGCGAAGAUGAAGAUUGGGACCCAUCUAAAAGAAGGCGGAAGGAAAAGGAGAGUGAUGUUGCUAGUACCGUUGUGACUCUGUGUGGAAGUGAAGUUAAACAUUCAGAUCCGCAAACUCUGGAAAUGGGCAACAAUGAUCUUCCUCAUGCAAAAGCUAGAAAGCCUCUGUCACGGAUGUCUAUUGAUGCGGUGCAGAAACUUCGUGAAGCAUUUGCGGAGAAUGAACUUCCUUCUAGAGAUAUUAAGAGAAAGAUCUCAGAGCAAUUGGGUCUUGAGUACGAAAAGGUGAACAAGUGGUUCAAAAAUGCACGCUAUAUGGCUCUAAAGAAAAAGAAGAGAGAAAGCGGUUCAGACUAUUCUCUUGAGAAAGCUGAUUCAGCAGAUGUUAAAACAGCUGAGGUUAUUGUUUCUAAGUGUUCCUCCACACCCACUUCAAUCCAUAAAAUAAAGCGACGGAAGAGAGUUAGCUGGAAAACUAAUCUGACAACCUUUAUCAGCCCUUUGAAGAAGCAGAAGUUGAAGAUAACUUCACUUGGUAAAUCCAAGGCUACGGUGGAUCUGAGUGACGAUAUGAGCUUAAAGAAGCACCUCUUAUACUUGAAAGCAAAAGGCAGGCAGAAAAAAAGAGUAAAGCACAACACUGAGCAACUUCAAGGGCAACAAGCGGAACAGCAGAUGGAACGUCUAUGGUGUAUUGAAGCAAAGCUUUGGAAGUUGAAACAAAUUUUAUCAACGAUCAAAAAAUCCGUAAACGAUGAAUUAGAUGACGCAAACUUGAACAAACAAAAGGUGGUCUAUGUCCCUGUUGCAGAGCUCAAGGAGAAAGAUUAACGUUGGUUUAUCACUCUAGAGGUUGAAGCCAAAAGCUAUGGCCUGAGCUUUAGUAGCUCUAUAAUCAGUCUCAAGAGUAUUUUGUAAAUACCAUGGAAUUGUUGCAAAUCUAGUGAUUAAAGCCAAAAGUUAUGGCCUGAGCUUUAGUAGCUCUGUAAUCAGUCAAGAGUUUUUGUAAAUACCAUGGAAUUUUUGCAAAUUUAUAUAGACCACCUUCGU